AUGCUUGCCAAAUCUCUUGUUGCUCUUUCUUCUGCCGCGGCCUUGGCUGCGGCCCAGGGCGGCCUCUUCAUCGUGCACUGCAAGCAGUUGACGGUGCAGCGGACCGAUCCCAUCAUCAGCCCCGGUCAACUGAGCAGCCACGUCCACACCAUUGUGGGCGGUACCGGCUACUACAUGUCCAUGAGCAACGAGGAUGCCCGGAACGCGCGCAACACCACCUGUGACAAGGCGCUCGACAAGAGCAACUACUGGCAGCCCCAGCUGUACCACCAGUACAACGACAGCAGCUUGGAGCUGAUCAAGAUGCUUGGCAUUGCUGCAUAUUACAUUGAUCGUUCUUGCGAUUAUCAGCCCGGCCGCAAAAACUGCAGAGGCGCUCGUGGCGCCAUUGCGCCGCCCAAGGGCCUGCGAAUGCUCUCGGGCGAUACCAGCAGAAGAACCUAUGACAAGAACGACAAAAGCCAGCGCGCCAUCAGCCACGUGUGUCUCGACCCUGGCAAGGACUACGUUGAGCUUCCCCAGAAGCCCUGCAACGAGAUGCGCUCGCAGGUCUUCUUCCCCUCCUGCUGGGACGGGAAGAACCUAGACUCUCCCGACCACAAGAGCCAUGUCGCGUUCCCUGCUCUUGGCGACUACAACACCGGCGUCUGUCCCGAGACGCACCCGGUCGCCAUUGUUUCCGUCUUCAAUGAGUUUUUCUAUAACACGCGCCAGGUCCAAAGCAAAGACUUCCGCCGCUGGGUCUACGCCAACGGCGACACCACCGGCUACGGCCUCCACGGCGACUACUUGCAGGGCUGGGAGGACCAGGACAAGCUGGAGCACGCCAUGGAGACAUGCACUGGCAAGCAGGGCACUGAUGCCCCUAGCUGCAGCCUGUAUGUCGGGCCCAAUGGCGCCGGCAAGACGUCGUUCCAGAAGCCGGAGAGAGACCCGCCCGCGGAGGAUGUUGGCCUGAACGACCGCUUGAAGAAGCUGCCUGGGAACAACCCCAUCUACGAGGGGAAGUAA